AUGCUUCAAAACAUAGUACCACUUGGAAACGACACACCAGUACCUGCCACGGCGUCUCCCUAUGCAGCACCGUACAUUCCACAGCCAGGAUACCCACAACCCGGAGGACAGUAUCCUCUAUAUCCAAGCUACAAGCCCUACCGUAAGAUAUAUAUACUAAUCUAACUCUAUCUCAAAACCGUUUUAGCCAUACCACCUUCAUCCUGCUAUGACAUGUGGUUCAGUUGUCAACAGAGUUACUGCAGUGGCUAUCCCCAGUACUGUUCCCAGACUUGUGGUUACUGCUAA